AUGUUUCUCAUUUGUCGUGUCGAGCGUCUUGUUCGUCUCAAUCGGAGUCUCUGUGUUGGCCGUCUAUCAAACAGCCGGACCAAAAGUCGAGUCCACCGGCUGCCAACAGAGGCGAUAUCUCUUACUGACACUGUCCCUUAUGUCGUAGUAUUAUCUCUAUCAUGGCUUCUGUCAAGUUUUAUCCAUGAGACUCUGGGUAUAUGUCCGUUGCUAUCAGCCCCGGUUGGAAGGAAAGACAUAACCACAUGCCUUUCAGGCAGAAGCAGGCCACUUUCAUCCGGAGCAACGAUUAUCGUCCUUUUAUCAUCCUUUUAUCGUCCGUUUCUUGUCCGUUUCUUGUCCUGUCUUGUCUAUCGUCAGUAUCAGACGCGGCUGAGAGGAAGAAGACUCCGUACCAAGUCCUGCUUUGGCCUCCAAGACGCCCUCAGCCGCUGGGCAGAAGCUAGUGGACGCCUCGCCGAGUGA